AUGGAUUUAGCAGCAAAUCCUUUACAACAACAACAGCAACAGCCUCGUACUAUUGCAAGCUUUCCCGGACAUUUCAUUAGGUCUGAAACGGUUCCCUCAAUAUUUGAUGCAUCAACUGUUGCAGCAGCUGCUGUUGUCAAUGCUACUUCAAGUAAUACUUCAACCAGUACAACUACUACAGCUUUAUUAUUUGAUUAUACUUCAUUAAGUAUUGCCGCUAGUAAUGGUACACUUACAGUAAGCAGUACUAUUUGUCCUCCACCAUCCAGUUCUUCAUCAAAUAGCGUAUUUUCUUCUGCUCAACAUGACAUUUAUCGGUUACCAAAUGUCACUACUUCUACUGAUCAAAAUAGUUCAUCAUCACUGCAGAAUAUUGCAGGAAAAUUACCAAAAAUUGACAAAAAUAAAAAGGAGUAUGAUGCAUCAUCAAGAAAUAUUGAAUGCGACGGUAAUUCCGAUGCAUCUCCCGAUACUUGUUUGAUUAGCAGUCAAAAACCACGUAGACAACGUACUCAUUUCACGAGUCAUCAGCUAACUGAGUUAGAAAAUUGGUUUUCAAGGAAUCGUUACCCAGAUAUGGCAACAAGAGAGGAAAUUGCUUUAUGGAUUAGUCUUACAGAGCCAAGAGUUCGAGUGUGGUUUAAAAAUAGACGUGCAAAAUGGCGGAAACGAGAACGUCAUUUAGUCACUCCGGAUUUUAAAAGUUUUCAGCCAACAGGCUGUUUUCCACAAGCUCUUUUACCAAGUCACUCACAGUUAGAUGAUGUUUAUGGUUCUCCUUCAUGGCAAGGCUAUUCUACAAGAAAUCCAAACACUGCAUUUGGUUGGGCACUGAAAUCACAAGGACCACUACAGCAUACUUUUCCACAGUUGAUGGCUCCAACAACAACUAGUAAUGCAGGUGCAUUAUCUCGCUUUGCACCAGCACAGCCAUCAUUUUAUGCUACUGGUACCAGCAGUACUGCAAAUCUAAUGCCGAAGGAUGAUAAAUUCAAGUUAGAAUCACAGGGAUAUUGCUCAUCAAAUUCUGAUGUGCUUAGUACUGGAAUGCCUUCUCAACAAUCUGGCAGUUUUUCGUUUCAGUCAUACCAAUAUAAUGGUCCUCUGUGA